GAUAGACCAGUCAGAGGAGGAGGAGGAGAAGGAGGAGAAGGAGGGGGGAAAGAAAAGAGGAGGUCGGAGCAGCUUCGAGCGCAUCAUCAGAGCCCACCACACCGCGCCCCACACACGGCACACAGCGAGCUGCUGUAUGCCCCAUCACCGGCCGCCCCUGCCCUGUGCCACCGCGUCUUCCUAGGAACCGGCUGUAUGAUUAAGCUACAAUCUUCAAUGAGUAAGCAUAGCCCUCAGUUCUGUGGUGUUCUUGGUCACACAUUUAUGGAGUUUCUGAAGGGCAGUGGAGACUACUGCCAGGCACAGCAUGACCUAUAUGCAGACAAGUGAACUGU